CACACACAAACGAACUAUGGAUGAUCCCACCAAACAAAAAUCCUAUUUGUCCUAGGAACCAGAAACAAUGGAUGAUCUAAUCAAACAUAUAUCUGAAAUGUCACAGCAGCAACCACUGAAGGACCGGCCCAAGUGUAAUCCUCCGCAAAUACUCAAGCUAUAUGGCACGGAUUUAACCAAGAUGGCUAAACAGGCAAAAAUCCAUAUAAAAUAUAAUCCCUUCGUCCUCCCAACAUGAAUCAUUGCUACUACUGUAUUUUGAUGUAUACAUUUUAAUUUUACCGUUUGUUAUAUGUUUCAGGGCAAAUUGGAUCCGGUAAUUGGAAGAGAGCAAGUAAUAAAGCAAGUGUUACAAAUUUUAUGCCGGAGAAAGGAGAGCAACGCAUGCCUAAUCGGUAAACCUGGUGUCGGAAAAACUGUCAUUGCUGAAGCAUUAGCCCAGAAAAUCAUCAGCUCUGAUGUCCCAGAAAGUCUCCUAAACAAAAGGAUUAUCUCCAAUGAAUCUGGGUAGAGCAAGUGCAGAAGCAGCCAGCAGUCUAGCCUAUGGGCGGUUGGUCUCUAACGUUGUUAAUGAAGUGAAACAGAGCAAUGGUGAAGUUAUUCUUUUCCUUGAUGAACUACACAUGCUAGAUGGGAAAGCGACCUACAUUAUGAAAAACCAUCUUGCUCAAGGGGACCUCAAGUGCAUUGGGGCUACAACGCCCAAAGGAUAUAGGAAAUUCAUUGCGGAAAAUCCCGCCUUGCAACGGACAUUUCAAGUGGUACGAGUUCCUGAGCCUUCCGUUGGUGAAACAAUUGAGAUUCUGAGGGGGCUCAAGAGUAAAUUUGAGGUUCAUUAUAGUGUUGUAUACUCGGAUGAUGCUUUGAUCACAGCUGCAGAACUUUCAAAUCAAUGCAUUAGUGAUGCUUAUUUUCCAAACAAGGCCUUAGCUGUCAUGGACGAGGCGGGAGCCAGUGUUCGUUGUUAUGGUGGUGGAAAUAAUGCUAAUGAAGAAAAUGAACAGCAUUGUGGUGGUGAGCAACCAGUUAAUGGUGGUCUUGUUAGUUCUGACAAUGUUGUGAGUUGUGAAGUGAUCAAACAAGUGAUUUCUUCUCGGGUUGGGACUCCGAUUGAAAAAGUACCAGAAGAUAAAUCCUUUCAGCUUCUUGACAUGGAACGAGUGUUUGGUAAGAAAAUCAUUGGACAGGAUGAAGCAAUACAAGCAGUUGCCAAAAAAGCAGUUCGCAGAGCUAGGGUUGGCCUAAGCAACCCGGAUGGUCCCAUUGCGACUUUCCUUUUCACAGGGCCGACUGGUGUUGGAAAAACUCAAUUGGCAAAGUUACUAGCUAUGGAAUAUUAUCGAUCCAAUGAAUCAAUGGUUAGGUUGGACAUGAGCGAGUAUAUGGAAAAACAUUCAGUUGCUAGACUCUUUGGAUCACCUCCGGGUUAUGUUGGAUAUCGUGAAGGCGGCCAAUUAACAGAACCAAUCCGCAAGAAGCCUCGCAGCUUGAUUCUUUUCGAUGAGAUCGAGAAGGCUUAUGUGGAUGUUUUUAAUGCAUUGCUUCAAGUUCUUGAUGAUGGAAGAUUAACAGAUGGGAAAGGGCAAGUUGUUGAUUUUAAAAGCACCAUAAUUAUAAUGACAUCCAAUGCCGGGUUCCAUCAUUCCUCUUCUUCUGAAGAUCAAGGAUAUGUAAGUACAGAGCUGAAGAGGAUUUUUCGGCCAGAGUUCCUCAACAGGAUCGAUGAGAUUGUUGUGUUCAAAAGUCUUACCAAGGUCGAGCUGACAAAAAUUGUGGAGAUAAUGUUAGCGGAAGUUUGUGAAAGAUUGGUUCAAAAGAACAACAUAACUGUUGAAGUUUCAAUGGGAUUCAAGGAGAAACUGAUAUCUGAGAGUGGUUGUGAGGAGGCCAACAAUUAUGGAGCAAGGCCACUGAGGAGAGCCAUAACCAAAAAUCUUGAAGAGAAGUUGGCUGAGAGCAUUUUGAAUGGCGAAGUCAGGGAAGGCGAUUCUGUAGUCGUCGAUGUUAAUUCAGAAGGUAAUCUUGUUCUUUCUCGAAAGAGGAAUAAACAUUAGGAAAAAUAAUCAGGAUGCACAAAGAGCAUUUUGGGUUGUGGCUCUUAAUUAUGGUGUAUUUAGGCCAUUUUCAGGUGGCUUUUGUAGCCGCGGUAUAUA